AUGGAUGAAAGUGAUUCUGACAGAAAUGACAAUCUUCUAGAACUUGAUGGUGGAAUAUCUGAUCCAAACAGUUUUCAACAUGAUAUAUUUGAAAACAGAUUCGCAAAAUGUGAUUUUUGUAUAAAGAUAAAGAUCAAGCUAGAAAAUCAGAAUCUCAGCAAAGCAAAGCGAUUGAAAUACAUGCAGAAGAGAGAAAAACAUCUGAAAUUGCAGAACCAAGAGCGUCAGAAAUACUAUCGCCACGCUGAGAAGUCACGAAGAUAUCCACACAAAUACCUUUGUAUGAUAAUCGACGGUAUGGACCAAAACAAAACCAACAUACCUCAUUUCCAUCGACUCGCAAAAUCUACUUCCCAGAUGUGGAAUUUAAGGACACAUCUUACCGGAGUAAUUAUUCAUGGAAUAUCAACAUUUGGUUUUUUUGACAUCGGACAGUGGCCACAUGACUCAAAUCUAACUAUGAAUAUUAUACUGAAUUCGCUAUGGCAAGUAAAGGACAAACUACCAAACAUCUUGUAUAUCCAGAUGGACAACUGUUUUCGAGAAAAUAAGAACAAAUGGGUAUUUGCACUUUGUUGUUUUUUGGUUGAGAUGAAAGUUUUUGAAAAAGUCAAAGUAAAUUUCUUGAUGGUCGGGCACACACACGAAGACAUCGACCAGUUGUUUUCGAGAUUUUCUAAUUGGCUUUCAAGGCAUUCGGCUAUUACAAUGAUGAAACUGAUGUUUGGUUUUGAAAAAUAUGAUGAAGUUUUAGAAGAAAACUGGUAUGUGGACGAGAUGUUACAAGCUAUUUCUGAAAGACCGUCCUUUAAUUUUAGACCUGACAACUUAGCCACAGAAGAUGAUGAUGAUUUAAGUGACAUUGCGGACGAUUUUGCUGAAAUACCACCGGUUCAUCUUGGAAAACCGCCAUCAAGAAAAAAAAAGAACGAACAAGUUGUUUCGGCUGUACCCGAGGUUGGCGAUAUCUGCGGUAUGGAUGUCGAAAAAUAUUCGGAUUUCUGGCCGCAGAUUGGUGAAAUCAAGUCUAUUGACGGUAACUGUGUUCAACUUGUUUGGUUCAAAGGAGCUAGAACUACUGUUUGGCGUCCAUGGUUGAUACAAAUGGGAAAACAAAGAAAACCAUGGACAGAAGAAUUACAACUAGAAGACAUUGUAGUUAAUAAAAUCAAGCUCACCAAUAGUGGAAAACUUUCUCAAGAGAGCGUUAGAGUGCUUGAUGAGAUCGAACGGAGAUUCUAA